AUGGGGCCCAGGAGUCUCACUGAAGCCGCCGUAAUCGCCACGGGGGUACAGAACAGCAGAUUCGGCAGGACAACACGCGGUAACGACUACGAGGACUGGCCGCCCGUAGCCCAAUGGCGAUGUAACUUGACGGCCUUGAGUCAGGUGCACAACCUCUACUUCAUCGCAUAUUCCGCGCAGAUCUACGCGUAUAUCCCGCGUUUUCCAUCUCAGAGGCUACCGCAGAAGCCUGCUCUCAUAGUCACAUCGCAGCCAUCGAGUCCCGAUCUGCUUGGGACCUUGGACCAACGCCACCCACACGCAAUCAACAACUUGGUCGUACAGCAUCUCGGGAGCGAAGAGGUCGUGGCUGCAGUCCGGGACGAUGGCGAUGUUGAUGCUUUCCUCGUGCGACAUGUUGUUCAAGCGAUCGAGAGACGAGCUGCAGCGGACAGCAGUAUCGGGCUCGAUGCUGAUGAUGUAAGGCCCAUCUUUCAAAGUAACGUCGGUAAGAGUGCUUGGGGGUUGGCAAUUCACUCGCAGGCACGGAUCAUUGCCGUCUCCGCGAACACGCAUAGUAUCACCAUAUUCAAGUUCGGUCUCGUCAAUGAAGAUGGCCCGCAAGCGGGUGAGAACACUGCGGACGACACGGAUGCUGCCCAAGACCGAGGUAUGGAUGUCACCCACCAAGUGCUCAAUGGCACGUCGAACAUCCCAUACAUCUCGUUCUGUAACACAGGCGACGACCCUAACGGCCAGUGGCUACUGACAACCGACAUCAGCGGCUACUGCCGUACCAUUGAUCUGCAUCAGAUGCAAACAUCCCAAACCUUCCGCUUCGGCAGACCCACUAGCUACCUUGCAUCAGCUUCUCAUGAUCGUCACAACUCGGGUUGGCUGAUCAUGUUUUUGGACAAAAGAUCUUUCGUUGCGGCAGACGAUGCCGAGACUGCCCUUGGCCUAGCAGAUGGAGAGUCCUUGCCCGGCAUCAAAGAGAACCUGAAUCUCUGGGACAUCGGCGAUACAGUGGCAAACGUUUCGAAUGUAUCCAACAAAUUCUCAGUCUUGAGGACACGAAGAGCGCGCGACUCUGCAAGGCCUUCGAGCAGCGCCCCAGAUAGUCCAGAAGGCGGCGUGCCCCUCGACGACUCAUCACAGAUCGAAGAUGAGGAAGUUCCCGAUGCAGCAGUGGAACAAGACCUCGAAGACAGCCUCAUGUCCGAAGACGCCUGGGAUGGCGACGAAGAUUCCGACUCCGGCGAAUCCGCCUACUACGCCGACCUAGACAUCGACGACGAAGGCACAGAAGACACAGCCUCAUUCAGCACAGUCUACGGCGGCAAGCGAAUCUACGGCAACGAGCCUCGAGCCUUCCAACCCCACAACAACCUCUGCGGCGACUGCCCUUGUCCCAUCCUCCACACCUCCGUGCGCAACAUCUACCUCCUCCAACCAUCAAGCCACCGCCAAGCAGAAAGCCCCUUCACAUCCCCCACGAUAGGCUUCACCAACGCUCUCCACCAACUCGUGCCCAGCGAGUGGGCGUACCUCAACGUCUUCGAGCGUCUGAACAUGCACGCCUACAUCCCAGCUCUCGGGAUCGUCGUCCUAGCCUCGCAGAAGGGCCGCGCGCUGGUACUGGCUUUGACGAAGUUGUCGAGGAAAGCACACUACCCGCCGGAAAUGCAGAAUCCAGAUGAUCCUGCGAGGAAGAAGACGAAGUAUGCCAUGCGACUUGAGCAUAUACUACCGUUUGCGGACCAGGAGAAAGCGGGAGCUCGUCCCUUUGCGCCGUUGGCGGGUAUUGCUGCUGGACCGAUGCAGGGCACGGAGCACUUGACGAUGGAGAUGAAGCGGUGGCGUUUGAUGAUGAUGUAUACGGAUCAUUCGAUUCUGAGCUAUGAGAUCAGUCGACCGAGGGAUCCGCAGGCGAACGAUGUUGAGAGCGUGGUAGUGUAA